AUGUGGAAUGUAAGGUUGUUAAACACACCCUUCAACCCCAAGGUUGUUUAUGAUGGACACCCAACAUUGUUUACCAUUAAGUUGUACCAUGGAGGUGAGUUCACCAAGUACCCUGAUGUUCGUUACAUUGAUGGAACUGUAAACUAUGUUGACAUGGUAGACAUAGAUGAGUUUUCAGUUCAUGAGCUCGAUGCAAUCAUGAAGGGUUUUAGAUAUGGGGUUCCUCCUGUUAUAUACUACCAUUUUCUUGUGCCUGGUGGAGACUUCCACUUUGGUCUUCGCCCUUUAGGAAAUGAUCAAGAUGUUGCAAACUUUUCUCAAUAUGUCAGUGAGCACAAAGUGAUGAAGUUAGAUGAACCACAUGAGGAUGUGCAACACAUUGAUGAAGCUCCUGAUGACCAAUCAAAGGAAACACCUGUGAUGACUACACCUACUGAUAAUUUAGUUGAUGUGGUGCCCACUCAAGCAAACCAACCUGAAAUCCAAGUUAAUGAAAUAGUUCAAGUCGUAUCCUUAUCACCUGGAUAUAAUAGGAGAAGGGGUAUGAGCAAGGAUGGAGUGAUGGCAUCUUGCAGUAAGAAAAUUUACUUUGAUGAUAUUGGUGAGACUGAACAGAUAGCUAAAGACUUUGUUGAGGCAGCUACUGAUUUUGAUAUUGGACUCUACCAAAAAAUACUACAAAGCAAUGUUGAUGGAGUCAAUGGCACUGACAUGCAUGAUGUCAAUGAACCUCAGAUGGAUGAAGAAAUCCAACCUCAAAUGGAUGAAGAAAACCAAGCUCAGAUGGAUGAAAACCAACCUCAGUCUAACAUGGAUAGUAGUGGAAAAGAAAAUGUAAGUGAAACAGAGCAGGAAGAUGAUAGUGAUGAUAGUGAUUAUUGGGUGGAUGAAGAUAAUGUAAUUGAAGAUAUUGAAGUUGACAUGAGGGAUUUUAACAUGAGCAUUGAUACAGAAGUAGAGUUCUUAGAUAAAAGGGCUAGGAAUCCUAGACAACAUGAGAGUGAUGAAGAAGCAGAUGAGUUAGAUGUCAUUGACAAUGAUGCUUUUGAUUCCAUGGAUGAGGAUUCUGACCAGGACAGGAAGAGAAGAGCAGUUUUGAAACAACUAAGUAAGGAAAAAAGUUGUUCUUUAGGUGAGGUUCAUAAGUGUAAUUUUAAAAUAGAUCAAAAGUAUAACAGUAAGCAGGAGUUGAAAGAGAAAAUCAAAAUGCAUGCAUUGGAAACAAAAAAGAAUAUUGCAUUUAAAAAAAAUGACAAAUUUUUGAUUGAGGGCCAUAUGUAA